AUGUUUACUUCGUGCUGUAACUGGUUGUGUAUGGACUCAGUGGAUGUGGACCGGUCCGGUGGGUCCGACCGACACCAUCGGUCCUACACCAACUCGGGCUUCAGCACUCAGCCAUCUCCGCCCGAACACACCUGUAAGGCCUGCGGGGGCUCUUUCGACACACCUGCCAGGAAGCACAUGUGUGUGGACUGUAAGAAAAACUACUGCAGCCAUUGCUCCGCCCAGCAGGAGCUCCGCCCCCGCCUCUGUCACACUUGUCAGCGUUUCUAUGGGAACCUGCUGGAGAGGGCGGAGCUUAUGAAGCUAAAGGUAAAGGAACUGAGGGACUACCUGCAUCUGCACGAGGUCUCCACGCACCUGUGCAGAGAGAAGGAGGAGCUGGUGGAGCUGAUCCUGACUCAGCAGUCCUCACCUUCCAGUAGCUCCGCCCCCGACACCCCGAUUGUUGACACUCCCACAAUGACCUCUGACCCUCCUGUCAACGCGUUCAUCUCGACCCCGCCCACUCCAGAGCCAGAAGUUCCAGCCCCAGCCUUGGAAACACUGCAGCCCGAGCCAGACCUGCAGGAUGAAGACCAGAACUGGGACCCGGAGGAGGCCCCGGUCUCGGGACGCAGAGCCUCGCUGUCAGACCUGAACAGCGUGGAUGAUAUCGAGGCACUCAGCGUUCGGCAACUGAAGGAAAUCCUGGCCCGGAACUUCGUCAACUACAAAGGCUGCUGUGAGAAAUGGGAGCUGAUGGAGAGAGUGACCCGGCUGUACCAGGACCAGCAGAACCUGCUGGCUGCCAGCUCUGCGAGCGCUGAGGACGGAACCGGCACCGGCAGAACGGCAACGAGCCCAGAGGAGAACCUGUGUAAGAUCUGCAUGGACUCGCCCAUCGACUGCGUGCUGCUGGAGUGCGGUCACAUGGUCACCUGCACCAAGUGUGGCAAGAGGAUGAGCGAGUGUCCCAUCUGCCGGCAGUACGUCAUCCGGGCCGUGCACGUCUUCAGGUCCUGAAGGUACACCAGAACCAGCCUGAGCCCAAAGACCUCGAAGAGCAUUCCCUCUUCUUAUUACAAAACAAUAAAAAAAUAAACGGAAUGCAAAGAUGUACAGAUUUGAUAAACCCAUAUUUUAUUCGCAAUGA